CACUCUUCAAAGUGCUAACUGGCGAAAUCUAGCUGCGUGUACUUCUACGAAGGACCAAGGGGCAUCCCCGUUUCUUGCAUUCCUAUUAAUCGUCUUCUCGGCAUCUCGCUUCACAGUCUCGAAGCUGGCCUCGGCUGGUCCUUUUGUUUUGGUUGGGGCUUUCGUUGAAGGCUCACAAAUUCUAAAUCCAGCUCACGACAUCACAAAAAUCAAAAAAUGGGAAACACCAAGUCCAUCACUCGAGCUGACAUUGAGCAUGCUGCUGCAAACACUAACUGGGACGAAAAGUCCGAGAUACUGGCAGUGUUGAAGACCAAAAAGGCCAAGAAGAGCAAGCGAUCUUCCAAGCGAAAUGAGCGGUUGUUGCAGCAAGGGGAUAUUGACGAGAUCUAUGACCUUGUGCUAUCCCUGAAGCAAGAUGGUGGGGAAGGUCAAGAUUUGUUGGAGGAGUUUGUUGCCCAGCAAGCAAACUUGUCCAGAAAAGAUCUUUCCGACGAGAAGCCACCAAUCAGGACCAUCAGUGUUGCUAUGGACCGGUCGGAUAGAGGUUCAGGAAAGGCUCGAGCCAGGGCGGCAUAAACUGUUUGCCUUCAAACAAACGGGGACGACCCUUUCAACUGACAGAUGCACUAGCUAGAGUUGCGCAUACCCACCAGAGCAGACUCGCAAAUCCAAAAGAAAGAGGAAUAGAACACUGUAAAUUAGUCAUGAGUACAUCCAUUUC